AUGAAGCCGUCACUGUGCUUCUUUACUACCUUGGUGGUAGGGGCCUUUUCUGCCCACUCUGGCUCCAAUCUCCACAUCUCCCACCGAGCAGACACUAGAGAGGACCAAGGUCUGGACGAAUGGCUUGCAGCCAACAAGCGGGCGCCCCCCAGCGCACUCGCGGCAUGCCCUCUGUCCUGUCACGAAACCGGUAAUAGCAGCGCAGGGGCCGGAUGGUUCUUGUUUCCUGAUGAGUCGAGGCUCGCUGCGUGCAACGAGACCAUGCUGCUCGACUUUGUCGUCCAAAACGAAGUUGACGGUGCCAGUAGUCAUGGCCCCAAAAUAGGCAUCAGAGCAUGCACAGCCGACUAUAGCUCGACGAUGCAGGCAGCCUACGAGCCACAUGAUCAAACGGCAGCUCUUUGCCCAACCCCCAAUCAUGCCCUCGUCGAAGCUUCCAUCAGAAUUGCCCAUUCUACCGCUGGGAAUGAGGAUGGCUUUGCCGUUCAGGAUUUCUUGUCUGCGGGCCGCCAGAUUGUCAAUUACUUCAGGUUACAAAAGCCCUCCUGUGUGGAGAACGCUUUGGCUUUUGGGUACUCUCAAUCCGCCGUUGUUGGAGUGUUUGCCGGUGCGGAGGUCCACCAGCAUGGCGUGACCACGGACGUUCUCAACAACUUGCUCGACUAUGCGGAGAAAAACUCGGUCUCCAAAACGACUAUCGUUCAGCUGUGUCAGGCGGAUGGCCGCGGCGCAGAUUACGGCAUUGGUAUUAUUAUGAGCAGCGCAAAGCAUCUGCCCGUCGUCCAGGAGGCCGUCAAGACCUGGGCUGACGGACGAUGCGUCUCUGCGGUGGAUGGUGAUGAGGACUGGAUGACUGUAACUCUGCGCGUCCCUGCCCAUGUCAAGUCAAACUCAGAUUCCAAUGACACUACGACGUUACCAACCGCGGCUGCCCACCUGGGGGCAAGAUCAAGAUCCCGGAUUGUUGCCCGGGCGGAGUGUAGGACAACCACGGUCAAUGCUGGCGACGGCUGCUGGGCUCUGGCCGACCGGUGCAAGAUCACCGACGCCAAAUUGAAAGAGUACAAUCCCCGUCCAAACUUUUGCAACACCCUUGUUGCCGGCGAGAAGGUCUGCUGCUCUUCCGGCACCUUGCCUGAGACUAUCCCUCCUGGUAACUCGGACGGCACCUGCAAGACAAGACAGGUGAUAGGCGGCGACAGCUGCGGUUCCCUGGCGUCCAAAUGCGGUCUAAGUCCGCAAGACUUUACCAAGGUCAACACUGGCGCCAAUCUGUGCUCGACCCUGAAAGUCGGACAGCAUGUAUGCUGCACGCGUGGCAAGCUGCCCGAUUUAAGGCCCAAGCCCAAUCCCGACGGAUCCUGCUCCACGUACACGACCAAGGCAGGCGACAGCUGUUCCGGCAUUGCCGCAGCUAAUGGCCUAACUGUUGCAAAUAUCGAAGAUUUUAACAAGAAGACGUGGGGCUGGAACGGCUGCAAAGUGCUCGCAGUCCAGUUCAAGUUGUGCCUGAGCUCAGGAACGCCGCCUAUGCCUGCCCCUGUUUCGAACGCUAUCUGUGGACCGACUGUCCCCGGCACCAAAGAGCCAGCUAAAGGCACCGACCUGUCCAAGCUCAACCCGUGCCCCCUGAAGGUUUGCUGCAAUGUGUGGGGUCAAUGUGGCACGACAGAUGAGUUUUGUACCGUGUCCAAGUCAGAAACUGGCGCUCCUGGCACUUCUGCGCCCGGCAAAAAUGGCUGCGUCAGUAACUGCGGCAGAGACAUUAUCAAGGGCCCGGCGCCGGUCCAGAAGAUCCAGGUAGCAUACUUUGAAGCCUGGAACCAUAAGCGCAAGUGCUUGACCAUGGACGUCGGCCAGAUCGACACGGACAAGUAUACGCAUAUCCACUUCGCUUUCGCCGAUGUGACAAAGGACUUCAACGUCGACAUAAGUGCCGUUAAGGAGCAGUUUGACCUCUUCAAAGGCAUGUCCGGGAUCAAGAAGAUUAUUUCUUUUGGCGGCUGGGACUUUAGUACUAUGCCUGGCACUUUCAACAUCCUUCGCGAAGCUGUCAAGCCAGCCAACCGCGAUAUCUUCCAGAAGAAUCUCGUUGCCUUUGUCAAUGAGCACAAACUCGACGGUCUCGACCUCGACUGGGAGUAUCCUGGAGCUCCUGACAUUCCCGACAUUCCUGCCGGUGACCCGCAGGCGGGUAUGGACUACUAUUACUUGCUCUCCAACGUCAAAAAGGCAUUGGGCAGCUCCAAAUCAGUCUCCUUCGCAGGCCCGGCUUCCUAUCAUUAUCUCAAGUCUUUCCCUAUGGAGCAGAUGGGCGCCAGUCUCGACUAUAUCAUCUACAUGACUUACGAUCUCCACGGCCAGUGGGACUACGGCAACAAGUGGACUUCGCCUGGCUGUCCUAGUGGUAACUGCUUAAGGUCCCAUGUCAACGAGACAGAGACCAAAGAUGCCCUGUCAAUGAUCACCAAGGCUGGUGUGCCCUCUAACAAAGUGGUUGUCGGUGUGGCCAGCUACGGCCGGUCGUUCAAGAUGGCCGAGGCCGGUUGCACUGGGCCAAUUUGCAAAUUCACCGGUACCUCGCGCAUAUCCAAUGCCGCAAAAGGACGCUGCACAGAGACGGGCGGCUACAUCUCGAACGCGGAGAUUGAUGAGAUCAUCAACAGCGGCAAAGUUACCAAGCAGUGGACAGAUGUCGGCUCCAACUUCCUGGUCUACAACGACACCGAGUGGGUAGCGUAUAUGGAUGAUAAGAUGAAGGCUACUCGUGCGGAGUUCUAUGAUUCAUACAACUUUGCUGGGACCACGGACUGGGCGGUUGACCUGCAGGAGUUCAGAGAUGGCAGCGGUGGUGAUGACUACCCGGAUGAUUACGAACCCUACAUCGACACCAGCAUGUACCCAGAGUGUGUAAGCAAGUACACUAGCUUCAAGGAGCUCGAGGACCGCAAGGACUCGAUUCCCACUCACUGCAUGGAGCAAUACAUUUUCAAUGUUGAGGUUGCCAUCAUGGAAGCAGCCUUGCAAAAGUACAAGGACCUGGUUAACAAUGGCUACGAUGAAAAGUUUGAGACCUACGCAGGCUACGUCGACGACCAAGUCCAGGACCAAAUCGACGCCUUCAUGGGCAGCGGCAAGGCGGACAAGUACUUCAAGUGCACGGAGACCAAGAAGAUCACAUGCUGCUCCAGCUGCAACUAUCCCACCUGUAUGUUGGAUUGCGACAAGUCCCAAAGUUGUAAGAAUGGCCGGGGCACAGUCGAUAUCACGUGUCCGACCACUCUCAAGGGCGGUUCCGGCACCAUCAUCGGGAUAGGCGUAGAUAUCCCCAACGCCACAUACACGCUGCAAGACUCCGAGGGCUUCUGGAAGGACAUUGGUGAGGAGUACGGCAUCGAGGAGUCGUGGGUCAAGUUCGCCAGGAGACACGUCAGGGCCAACAAUGGCUGUCAGUACGCCGGCGAGGACGUCCUGAACUGCAUAGACAGGCAGGACAAUUGGUUUUACAACUAUCCCACCAAAGACACGGUCAAGGUCUACAACCCCAAAGACCUCAUCGGCGACUCGUACGACAAGACCAAGGGCCUCCUCAACCGUCUCAAGAUCGUCAGAGACCAUGCCGAUUACGACGAGCUCAUGCAGUGGUCCGACCUGGUUGACGCCGGAUCCCUACCCGCGUUGACGAUCCAGGCCGCCGUCGACAAUAUGGACAAGAUUGUCGAGACUGCCAAGGAAAUCAAGAAGAGAGAGCGCGAGGAGUUCAUCAUCAGCUUUCUCACAGGCUUGCUCUUCUUCAUUCCCUUCGUGGGCGAGGCCGCCGGGGCCGCCGGUCUGACGGCAGCUCGCUCCCUGCUGCGCCUGGCAGGCGCGGCUGGCGAGACUGGCCUGCUGUUGCACGACAUCAUCGAGCACCCUGAAAAUGCCUUUAUGAGUGUCUUUAGCUACUUGGCCGGGGCCGGACUCGGGCGAGCCGGGUUUAGAAACGCUGCCAAUGCGCGACGAUCCAUGAAGUCCAGCGACAUUGAUAGUCUGGGGUCGCUGAAGGGGGAUUUGAACCUGAUUGAGACUCUGCGUGGUGCUAUUUGUCAUAUCUGA